CAAUCUAGUGUCCACAGCAACAGAGUAAGAAUUAUAAAAAGCAGCUGACACAACGACAAAUAUGACAGAGGUUGAUGUUCCUCAGACUAGGCCACCAGAGCCACUCAGCAUUCACAUUGUUAAAGCAUCAAACUUGAAAUUGACAAAGAUAGACAAUGGUCAGAAAGGAACUAAGGGAGACAAUGUGCAGAUCACUGUCAAGGUGGAAUUUGGUGACAGGCAAUUGGGGGAAUCCCCUAAGGUGGAAUGUAUCCCGGAUACUCCAGCAGAGAUUGAUUAUACAGCUACACUGAACUGUACCUUCGAAGAUCCAUUGGUUUUAGAUGAAAUUUCUUAUAGACCGGUUGUCUUGACUGUGACAGAAGUUCUACCAAAGGAAAAAAAACAAAAAGAGGAGAAGACUGCUCAACUAGGACAAUGUACUGUGGAUUUACUUCCCCUUGUCAAAGGUGAAACAAAACAUCAUUACAAUCUGGUAAUCAACCCUUUACCUGGCUCACCUUUGGAGACAAUUAGUCCGGAAAGUCCCAAGCCAGAGAUGGAGGUUGUGAUCUCAGUCCAGGAAUCACUGUUGGAGGGGACACAAAUAGACCAGGGAAACCUCAUGACUUUGACAGUAGAGAGUCUCUACUCUCCUCCUGAGUCUUGGACAAUGACCGGCACACAAUAUGCUUAUUGUUCUGCACUUCCUAUCCCAGUGUCAGCUGAUAAAGAGACACCAGUUGUCUUUGCUAAUGGAGCAUUAAAGCCAAGCAUUGACAAGGAGCCCCCCAAUCGCCAGAAAAAGUGGGCAGUACCAGGCACAGCACAAGGAAAUUCUGUCUACAUCCCAGAGAGUUUUUUACCCCCUGACAACAUUGAUGACGAGGAUGGUGAAUUCAAGGGUAAAGAAGAACGGGAGCAUCGCCAUAUGGCUGAGACAGAGAAACUGAGGGUCACAUGGAACACAGAGAGAAGAUGUUACAUGGAUGCCAUGGCUACCAAAAGUUUCCAGGAUAAGAUAGCUAAGUGUAGGUAUUGGCCUGUGGAGGUGAUGAGAUUACCUCAGCCAGCUGCUGCCAAGGGCAAGAAGGAUGAUGAAGGAUCCAUCAGUUACCAUGGUGUGGCUUUUGUCAACUUGGCACCUCUGCUAUACCCAGGAGUGAAGAGAAUAAGAGGUGCAUACAAAGUGCAUGCAUAUACUGAUCAUGCAAUGCAUGAGAAGGCCAAAAGGAAGACAGGAUUUGGGGAAGAGGCAGCAAAGAUUGCCUUCAACAUCCUGAACAGAAACAGUGCCUCUCCUUUCCCAAAGAAAGCUGGAAAAGAAGGGGGUGAAAAGAAGGAGAAAGAGGUCAAGAAGGGGAGGGCCAGUAGCAUAGCGCAGCACCAUGACCAUGAGGCCUCUCAGACCAUUAAGUCUGACACUGGGUCAGAGAUGGAGGGACAGGCCCCUGUCAAUGUGGAGGGACAGCAGUAUGUGGAUGCCAAGUCUUAUGUCAUGUUAGAAAUCUGCCUCACCAGGCCUCUUAUCCCCAAAAGGCCCCCAGAGGAACUAGCUAGAAGAGUUGCUGAAUACAUUCCCCCAAGACCAUUGUUCCCAAAAAGAACUGAUGGAGCUCAAAGGGCUGUUGAGGAUUUUCACAAUCAAGUUGGAAGUGUAGCUAAUCUUAUUUUAGAUGAGUUUAGGGAUCAGUUUGGUGAUAUCUUGAAGACAGAUGAUGUUCCACAAACUGUAGAAGCAAUGGAAUCCAGGAGGCAAAAGUUGAUCUAUGAGCUGAAUUCCUCUGGAAAGUACUUUGCGUUUAAAGAACAGCUGAAGUAUGCAGUGGUGAAGAUUGUACGCGAGAAGUAUCUGAAAACUUCAGCUUUUGAAGACAGACAAGAACUUCAGACUUUCCUGAGCGAGUUGUACGUUUACUUGAUUGAUCAAAUGCAUGUUGCUUUGGGUAAAUUUUUGGCCCUUGAGGAUCAAGCUCCCAUCCCUAAGCCUAUGACUGACUCAGCCCAGCUCAAGCACUUUGCAAGAGAAGCAGAAGUUAAUGGAAAUUAUGAACUGGCCACCAAAUAUUAUCAAGAGAGGAUUGCUAGAAACAAAAAUGAUCCUUCACACUGGUUUGAUUAUGGAACCUUCUGUCUGUACAUCAAUGAUAUUACUAAGGCAGAAGAGUGCUUCAAAGAGUGCAUUGCUAUUGAUCAGAAGCAUUUACAAGGGUUGCUUCUUUACGGGGUUGUCUGUACGCUAUCAGAGAGAAAUGAAGCUGCUGAAACAUUCUUUGAAGCAGCCACCUGUGUGGAUCCCAAAAGCAUUCUGGCCUGGACCAUGCUUGGUCUGUUUUAUGAUGCUGUGAACAAUGAGAUAGGAGCAGAAAUGGCUUACCUUGAGGCCAACAAACUUAACCAAGCAGCAGCUGUUGCUGAGGCCAAGGCCCUGAGAGAUGAUGAGAUGGCCAAAGAGAAGCUGGCCAGAGGAGAACAGGAGAGUGAAGAUAAAGAGGUGGAUCAUGACCAGGGAGGCUUAGCCCCACCCUCAGUCCCUGACAUUAAACAACCCUCUCCUCCAUCUAGUGACAAACCUCCAACUUCUGCUCGCUCUGGGAAAGGAUCUGUCAGUGAUAGACGUAUGUCGGCCUCAAAGAGAUCUGACCCACAUCUCCGCCCAGAUCAAUCCCCUCAGUUACAAGGAAGUAAAAUCAAGACAGAUAGUACCACUUCUCGUCCUGGCAGCCAGUAUAGAAUGGGAAGCCAGCGUGGUACCCCCCAGCCUGCGGAGGAGGUAGAAGAAUCCCCUGUGAGAGAGCCCACCCCAGUCCCCCGUUCUAGUAUCUACAUGCAGGCUAUCGAGUGGCUGAUUGAGGUCAAAGCUAUCCCUUUCACUGAGAGAGCCCUGGCCCAUGAACUGCUGUCACCAAUGGGAGGCCCCACGUCUGGAUAUCACAUCAACUAUGCCAGGUUAAAGCUACAGAAAAAAGAAUACAAAGAGGCGGAAAACAGUCUGGACGAGGCCCUACAGUUUGACUACCAGAAUCCGGAUGCUUGGGCACUCAUGGGACAUGUGAAGUAUAUGACGAAUGAUGUGGAGGCUUCCAGAGACUGCUAUGAACGCACUCUUUCCUUUACAACUGAUGCAGCAGAGAUGCAUUCUAUAUACCUUAGAUUGGCCUCCAUAUACCUUCAAGAGGAGAAGUUUUCAAAUGCGAAGAAUACUUUCCUUAUGGCUUGCAAGAGAUCCCCUUCCUGUGUUUCAUGGCUGGGUGUUGGUAUAGCAUGUUACAGGUUAGGAGAACUAGCAGAAGCUGAAGAUGCUUUGUCUGAGGCCAACAUCCUCAACAAUACUGAUCCAGAAGUCUGGGGUUAUCUAUCCUUGGUUUGCCUCAAAACCGGCAGACAGCUGGAAGCAGAACAGGCCUACAAAUAUGCAUUGAAGUUGAAUCUGUCUGACUAUGAUUUGCUAGCAGAAAUACAGCAUGUGCAGCAGGAAGUAGGAUUUGGAAAUCCAGAGUUUUAAGCUUCUGUUUGUGACAUUUUAUAAAUGUCCUUGUUAUGUUGACAUUCUAUUUGAUUUGUUUUGAUGUUCAGUUUAAUGACUAGAAAA